AUGGAUAAAACCGCUGUCAUUGAUGACGAGCAGGGAAGCCAAUGUGUUAUUGGUGCACGAGGGACAAAGACUCAACACCAGCAAGGCAGCGGGGACAGGGGACAGAACACAAUGGCAGUCAUAGGAAUCUGUGCUGACGGUAGACACCUCCGCCCUACCCUAAUCUACAAGGGCCAAAGGUUCAAUAGCAAAUGGAUGAAGAAUAAUGUUGCAGAUGCAUCGAUCACCUGUUCCGGGAACGGGUGGACCCAUAAGACUAUCGGCCUCAAAUGGAUCCAGGAUUUUGACAUGCAAACUCGCGAGAAGGCAGCAGGGCGCACACAAUAUGUCUACCUUGAUGGGCCUAGUUCCCAUUAUGCACUGCCCAUCCUGCGGUAUGCCAAGGAAAACAACAUUGAGUUGCUUGGCUACCCUCCGCACUGCACGCAU